UCCAAGUGAGGCAGCAAGAUGGACACGGGAUUCUUCCGCGGAACAAGUGCAGAGCAGGAUAAUCGGUUCAGCAAUAAACAGAAGAAGCUACUGAAGCAGCUGAAAUUUGCAGAAUGCCUAGAAAAAAAGGUGGACAUGAGCAAAGUAAAUUUGGAGGUUAUAAAGCCUUGGAUAACAAAACGAGUAACGGAAAUCCUUGGGUUUGAAGAUGAUGUUGUGAUUGAGUUUAUAUUCAACCAGCUGGAAGUGAAGAAUCCAGACUCCAAAAUGAUGCAAAUCAACCUGACUGGGUUUUUGAAUGGAAAAAAUUCUAGAGAAUUUAUGGGAGAACUGUGGCCCCUCCUCUUAAGUGCACAAGAAAACAUCGCUGGAAUCCCUUCUGCUUUUCUAGAACUGAAGAAAGAAGAAAUAAAACAGAGAUAAAUUGAACAAGAAAAGUUGGCUUCUAUGAAAAAGCAAGAUGAAGACAAGGAUAAGAGGGAUAAGGAAGAAAAAGAAAGCAGCAGAAAAAAAAGGGAGAGGUCUCAAAGCCCAAGAAGACGCAAAUCCAGAUGUCCUUCCCCUAGAAGACGAUCUUCCCCUGUCAGGAGAGAGGGAAAGCUCAGUGAUUCUCGAUCUCCCCGUCACAGAACCAAGAGCCGGAGUCCUUCCCCUGCUCCAGAAAAGAAGGAAAAAACUCCAGAGCUCCCAGAACCAUCAGUGAAAGUAAAAGAACCUUCAGUACAAGAGGCCACUUCUACUAGUGACAUCCUGAAAGUUCCCAAACCUGAACCUGUACCAGAGCCUAAAGAACCUUCUCCAGAGAAAAAUUCCAAAAAAGAAAUGGAGAAGGAGAAGACCCGACGAAGAUCUCGGUCACGUUCCAAAUCAAGAUCCCGAACAAGGUCUCGCUCUCCUUCUCAUACUCGACCUAGACGACGUCAUAGAUCCCGAUCAAGAUCAUACUCACCUAGAAGGAGGCCAAGUCCGAGAAGGUGGCCAUCUCCUCGAAGAAGAACCCCACCAAGACGAAUGCCACCUCCACCCAGGCAUAGAAGGAGUAGAUCUCCAGUGAGACAAAGAAGGCGUUCAUCAGCAUCCUUGUCUAGAAGUAGCUCAUCAUCCUCUUUGUCUCGUUCCCGGUCACCGCCAAAGAAGCCUCCUAAGAGGACAUCCAGCCCCACUCGAAAAACUCGUAGGUUAUCUCCUUCAGCGAGUCCUCCCAGGCGAAGGCAUAGGCCAUCACCUCCAGCAACUCCACCGCCAAAAACUCGUCAUUCCCCAACACCCCAGCAGUCAAACCGUACAAGAAAAAGUCGUGUUUCUGUCUCUCCAGGGAGACCUUCAGGUAAAGUGACAAAACAUAAAGGUACUGAGAAAAGAGAGUCCCCCUCACCAGCACCUAAGCCUAGAAAAGUAGAGUUACCUGAAUCGGAAGAAGAUAAAGGUGGCAAAAUGGCUGCGGCAGAUUCUGUGCAGCAGAGACGUCAGUACAGACGACAGAACCAGCAGUCUUCAUCUGAUUCUGGCUCCUCUUCUUCCUCAGAAGAUGAGCGACCCAAGAGGUCCCAUGUGAAGAAUGGUGAGGUAGGCAGGCGGCGAAGACAUUCCCCUUCCCGGAGUGCCUCUCCAUCACCUUGAAAGCGCCAGAAGGAGACUUCCCCUCGUGGUAGACGGAGGAGGAGUCCCUCCCCACCACCCACCAGAAGGCGACGUUCUCCUUCUCCUGCCCCUCCUCCUCGUAGGCGCACAUCUCCCACACCGCCACCACGACGAAGGACUCCUCCACCACCCCGCCCGCACUCACCUUCUCCAAGAAGAUACUCUCCUCCAAUACAGAGGAGAUACUCUCCUUCCCCGCCUCCAAAGAGAAGAACAGCUUCUCCCCCUCCCCCUCCUAAACGAAGGCCAUCACCAUCUCCACCACCAAAGUGUCGGGUCUCCCAUUCUCCACCUCCCAAACAAAGAAGCUCCCCAGUCACCAAGAGAGGUUCGCCUUCAUUAUCAUCAAAGCAUAGGAAAGGGUCUUCCCCCAGCCGCUCUGUGCGUGAGCCCCGGUCACCACAACCAAACAAAAGGCAUUCGCCCUCACCACGGCCUCGAGCUCCUCAUUCCUCAAGCCCUCCACCUGUUCGAAGAGGAGCGUCGUCAUCACCCCAAAGAAGGCAGUCCCCUUCUCCAAGUAUUAGGCCCAUUAGGAGAGUCUCCAGGACUCUGGAACCCAAAAAGACAAAAAAGGCUGCCUCACCAAGCCCUCAGUCUGUAAGGAGGGUCUCAUUCUCCCGAUCUGUCUCAGGACCUCCUGAGCCAGCAGCUAAAAAGCCCCCAGCACCUCAGUCUCCUGUCCAGUCCCAGUCCCCCUCAACCAACUGGUCACCAGCGGUACCGGUCAAAAAGGCUAAAAGCCCAACACCAAGCCCAUCUCCAGCGAGGAACUCAGACCCAGAAGGAGGUGGAAAGAAGAAGAAGAAAAAGAAGGACAAGAAACACAAAAAGGAUAAGAAGCACAAGAAACACAAAAAACACAAGAAGGAAAAGGCCGUGGCGGCAGCCGCCGCUGCAGCAGCAGCUAUCACCCCUGCGGCCCCCACUGCCCCCACGACCACAUCAGCACAGGAGGAACCGGAGGCAGAGCCCGAGCCUAAGAAGGAGACCGAAAGCGAGCCUGAAGACAACCUCGACGACUUAGAAAAGCACCUGCGUGAAAAGGCACUGAGAUCGAUGCGGAAGGCUCAAGUGUCCCCACAGUCUUAGGCGGCAAUAUGUGUCAUGAUGUACAUUUUAUUUGGUUUGUACGCAAUUCAAUUUCAAAAUUGCUAAAAUGUGUUUGAGCUUUAGACUAUAACAUUUGUUGUAAUAAUUGCUAGG